AUGGACGAAAUUGAGCACAACUACGUCGGAGUGAACGGGCUAAAGCUUCACAUCGCAGAAAUCGGAAGUGAAUCGUCGCCGGUAGUGGUGUUUUUGCACGGAUUUCCCGAAAUAUGGUACUCUUGGCGCCACCAGAUGAUUGCAGUUGCCAAGGCUGGUUUCAGAGCAAUCUCACCCGAUUAUAGAGGAUACGGGUUAUCCGAUCGGCCACCCCAACCCGAGAAGGCCGUCUUUUUGGAUCUGAUAUCUGACCUCCUUGCAAUUCUUGAUGCUCUUAACAUCUCCAAGGUUUUUCUGGUUGGCAAAGAUUUUGGAGCUGCCGUUGUUUCCAUAUUUGUCCUCCUCCAUCAGGAGAGAGUUUCAGGGUUCGUGACAUUAGGCAUGCCAUUUAUGCCUCCACGUCCUCCCACACAUCAUAAGCUCCUUCCCGAAGGCUUCUAUGUUUUGAGAUGGCAGGAACCUGGACGUGCUGAAGCUGAUUUUGGUCGAUAUGAUGCUAAAACGGUAGUGAGGAAUAUUUACAUCAUGUUCUCCAGAAGCGAAAUUCCAAUAGCUCAAGAGAACCAGGAGAUCAUGGACUUGGUAGAACCCUCUACUCCUCUACCCUCUUGGUUCUCUGAGGAAGAUCUUGCCGCCUAUGGAACCUUGUACGAGAAAUCUGGAUUUCAAACUGCACUGCAAGUUCCUUAUAGGGCGUUUCUUGAUCGGAAGAGUGAACAGAAUAGUAUACCGAAUCCAAAAGUUGAAGUCCCGGCUCUUCUAAUAAUGGGCGAGAAGGAUUAUGUUUUCAAGUUACCAGGAAGGGAAGACUACAUAAGGAGCGGAGAGGUGAAAACAUUUGUACCCAAUUUGGAUAUAAUCUACAUACCAGAAGGAACUCAUUUUGUUCAAGAGCAAUUCCCUGACCAGGUGAAUCAGCUUAUCAUUAAUUUCCUCAAAGACCAUAGUUGA